AUGUCGUUAGCGCUAUUGAAGGCAACUAGGUCGAAAGGGAGCUCCUCAUUCAAACAAUCCUCUUACGCCGCAUGGAGAAGACAUUUUGCAACUCCAGCUGCAUCUGUACAAGUUCCGUUAAGUCCUUUGGAGCCGUACAACCCAUUGGAUUAUGGAUCGCGACUACAAGCCCUUCAUGACCUGCGAAAGUCCAAUAAACGACCCCUGACUCUCUCCGAAAAGAUCCUAUACAGCCACCUAGUCCCCGGCAACGAUGGGUGGUCGCUCGACGAAAUACAUCGAGGCAAGACAAUAUUGCGCCUGCGACCCGACCGAGUAGCAUGUCACGAUGCCACAGCAACAAUGGCCUUGCUUCAGUUCAUUAGCGCUGGUCUUCCACGCGUCAAAGUUCCGACAUCCGUACACAGUGACCACCUGAUCGUUGCCGAGAAAGGUGACAAGGAGGAUCUCGCCCGUGCCGCUAGCGACCACGAAGAGGUGUACGCCUUUCUCGGCAGUGCGACGAGGAAAUACGGAAUCGGGUACUGGAAGCCAGGAGCGGGGAUCAUACACACAACCAUCUUCGAGAACUACGCAUUUCCAGGCGGCCUGAUGAUUGGCACGGACUCGCACACACCGAAUGCCGGAGGAAUGGGCAUGCUAGGCAUCGGUGUCGGUGGAGCUGAUGCUGUCGAUGCAAUGUCUGGUAUGCCGUGGGAGCUCGUCUGUCCAAAGGUCUGCGGCGUGCGCCUGACCGGCAAACUCCAGGGAUGGAGCUCGUCAAAGGACAUAAUCUGCAAGCUUGCAGGUAUCCUCACUGUUUCUGGAGGUAAAGGCAAGGUCAUUGAGUUCUUUGGUCCAGGCACCGAAACGCUGGGAGCUACGGCAAUGGCAACCGUCUGCAACAUGUCUGCCGAAAUUGGGUCAACGACUUGCGUGUUCCCUUACUCUGAAGCCAUGUCACGAUACCUAUCAGCCACGAAUCGGAAGAAUAUCGCCAACUAUGCCGAUAUUUUCAAACAGCCACUUCUUGUUGGAGACGAGGGCUGCGACCGCUAUUACGACGAAAUAAUCGAGAUAGACCUGUCUUCCCUUGAGCCUCACAUUAAUGGCCCCUUCACCCCAGAUCUAGCACACCCACUAUCUCAAUUCAAACGACACGUCAGCGAGAGCUCAUGGCCGUCAGACAUCUCUUGCAGUCUUGUCGGGAGUUGCACCAAUAGCUCGUACGAAGAUCUAGAAAAGGUUCGCCAUCUCGUCGUUCAAGCCAAGGAAGCUGGGCUAGAGAAGACAAAGACUCGGUUCCUGGUCAGCCCAGGAAGUGAGCAAAUCCGUGCUACGGCAGAGGAGGAAGGGAUUCUCGAUACGCUCAGACAAGCUGGAGCAGUUGUUUUGAGUAAUUCCUGUGGCCCAUGUGUCGGACAAUGGGAUCGGGAAGACGUCGAUGUGAAGAACGCCGAGAGGAACUCGGUCAUUUCCAGCUUCAACCGCAACUUCACAGGUCGCCAUGACAGCAAUCCGGCCACUCAUUCUUUUGUCACAUCACCUGAGCUUGCCGCAGCAUUUGCCUUCGCUGGCAAUCUCACGUUCAACCCCAUGACUGAUGACAUCCCCAUACCUGGUCCUCAUGGUGCUCCCAAGAAGUUCCGUUUCACGCCCCCUCAAGCUGCCGAGCUCCCGAUGGCCUUCUCUCCAGGCGCCGACCGUUUUCAACCUCCUGUACUAUCGGACACAACAGACUUUAAAGUCAACAUCCUCCCUUCCAGCAAUAGACUCCAACUCCUUACACCAUUUGACGGAUGGCAAGCCGGCAAAGCGCGUGACAUGAACAUCCUGAUCAAGGUGCGUGGAAAAUGUACGACAGAUCAUAUCUCGCCCGCUGGUCCUUGGUAUAAGUACCGGGGCCAUCUGGAGAAUAUCAGCAACAACAUGCUCCUCGGAGCCACCAACGACUUCUUAGGCGACCCCAGCUCAUUGAACAUGGUUGGCAAAGCCAUGGAUCCGGUCGAUGGCCAAAUCAAACCCGUGCCUCAAGCUGCGAGAAGCAUGAAGAGCGCUGGCAUCAGGUGGUGCAUCAUCGGAGAUGAUAAUUACGGCGAAGGAAGCUCGCGAGAACAUGCUGCACUGGAGCCGCGAUAUCUGGGUGGUGUUGCCGUCAUUGCCAAGAGCUUUGCCAGAAUUCACGAGACGAACUUGAAGAAGCAGGGCAUGUUACCGCUCACGUUCAGUGAUCCCGCAGACUACGGCAAAAUACAGAAAGGGGACCAAAUCACGCUUGCAGACGUCGAAGAUGCUGAUUUGCGGCCCGAUAAACAGGUAACCAUGGAGGUCGUCACCCUACAAGGUUCCAGGUGGACGACCAAGUUGAAUCACAGUUUCGAAAUCAACCAGAUUGAAUGGUUGCGGGCGGGGAGUGCGCUUAACCACAUCAAGCGCGUUGCACUUCGUGGCGAAGCAUGA